AGAGCGAAGCAGCAGCAGCAGCAACAGAGUUGCAGUAGUUUGUCUAUGUAGCAGCAGCAGAGUUGCAGUAGUUUUGUCUAUGUAGCAGCAGCAGAGUUGCAGUAGUUUUGUCUAUGUAGCAGCAGCAGAGUUGCAGUAGUUUUGUCUAUGUAGCAGCAGCAGAGUUGCAGUAGUUUUGUCUAUGUAGCAGCAGCAGAGUUGCAGUAGUUUUGUCUAUGUAGCAGCAGCAGAGUUGCAGUAGUUUUGUCUAUGUAGCAGCAGCAGAGUUGCAGUAGUUUUGUCUAUGUAGCAGCAGCAGAGUUGCAGUAAUUUGGUCCAUUCAGCAGCAGCAGCAAACAACAGUUGAUGUCAGCUGUCAUUGUGAGCUAUUGUCGCUUCGAGCAGCAAUAAGUGUUGUACGUGUUGUAGCAGCAGCAGCAACAACAACAACAACAACAGUUGCUGUCAUUGUGAGCUAUUGUCGCUUCGAGCAGCAAUAAGUGCUGUACGUGUUGUAGCAGCAGCAGCAGCAGCUCCUCUCUCGUCGUCAAUUCAAGCAACAGCGUUGGUAGCUUGCCUACAGUCGUAGUUGGUAGCACAGGUAGCGGAAGCAGCAUUAGCAGCAUUAGCAGCAACAGCAACAACAGUGAGUAGAUCUUGUCCAUGGCAGAGGAGGAGGAGGAGAUGAGCGAUGGGGGCCACGAGGAGCAGGAGGCCAGCCUGCCGGAGUGGAGGCGCUUGGAGCGCGCUCUGCUCGCCAGCCUGCUGGGCGUGCGGGACGCGUACCGGAGGAGGUUCACGGCGGACGUCCGGGAGGAGAUGGAACUACAACAACCACAACAACAACCACAACAACAACCACCGCAGGAGGAGCAGGAGGAGCGGGACGCCCGGCAACCAGACAGCGCCUUGGACUGGCUGCCACUGGGCGUGCAGCUCUACACGAUGUCCUUCCUGGGCGCCCGGGACCUGUCAGCUCUGGCCUCCGUCAGCCGCCUGUGGCGCUGCCUGGCCUCCGACCCGCUGCUGUGGCGCCGGCUGCUGCUGAGGGACGCGCUGGCGUGGCGAUGCGUGGGCCGCGUCGGCAUGCCCGACGUGCGUGCACUCACGCGGCCCCACCUGGCCGUCGCCGCCGACUUCAAGGCCAUGUAUGCUCGGGGCCACGCGGAGAAUCCGUCGCGCGCGGCGGGGUCGCGCAGGGCUGCGCCGGGCGUCGUUGCCCGUCUGCCGCAGCUGCUGAGGGCGGCGCUGGGCGCUGGGCGCGUCGAGCCGCGCUUCGCGAUGUUCGGGCCGGGCCUGGAGCGCCUGCGCGUGUCCCUGGUGCGCCAGCUGCUCAGCAGUCCCAACGAGUUCCGCGUCGCGCCGUCACUGCAGCAACACUCUCACGCCGGUGCGGGAUCCGGAAUCUCGUUUGUGUUCGACGAAGGCCGAACCUUCAACAUCCUCACCCUCUACUCGGCCACCAAGAGCGAGCGCGAGCGCGGCGCGGAUGCGGCGAAUGGCGGCGUGGCGCCUGACAAGUUGCUGGUGCUGGACGUGGGGGCGAGCUGGGUCAGAGGUCAAGAGGACAGCGAGCGGCCGCCCUCCCGCGCCUCUCGUCGCUACCGCCCGACAGCGCACGUGCAGGACGCGUGCCGCCACGUGGACGCCUUCAUUUACGUCGCCAACGCAGAAGCUGGGCCAGGGGAGCCGCAGCGGGAGACGGCGGAAGAGAAGAAGGCAGACGGUGGCGGCAGCGCGGAUGAGACGGCGCGCGUGUCGGCCAUGCUGGAGGCCGGUCCGCCUGGCAGCCCUCUGCUGGUGCUGGCCUGCACGUCCGAGCCGGCCACCGUGCGCGUGCCUUCCCUGCUCCUGGCACAUCGUCUGCGACUGCAGGCCCUGCCUCGGGCCUGGCUGGUACCCCGUGCCAAUCCAUACUGCACACCUCUCUCUGCGCUCUGUAACGGCACCGGUCUUGUCACCGUUCGUAGAUGUUUUCACCUUUUGGUUUUACAGGCGUCUUUCUGUCACUUGCAAUUGCCGAAACUGCUCUCCGUAUCUCUUUCACUGACCAUCAACUCGCACCUACUCACUGUUGCCUACGUAGUGGUUAGCGCUACACUGCGUGACCAACACGGUGACCCGAGUUCGAUUCCCGCUCACGACCAACACCAGUGACGAUUAUCUGAACCGGUCCUGGGCCUCACCUAGGUCGACUCGGCCUCAAAUGAGCACGUGGCACAGUGUGUAAACAUCACCACUGGAGACACAAAGACGGCCGGUCGUGGUGCUGGUCGCCCACCCCCUCGUGUGCCGUGCAGGCCUUCAUAGAUGCUCGCUAAAAGCACUUGCCCCAACAGUCUGUUAACGCUACACAGGGGAUCCUUGUCUUUGUG